CCCACGCACGCACGCGCAGAACCUCAUGUAGUUUGUUGUCUCGUCGGCCGAUCUAAUCUAGGCCACGGAGAUGGAGGAGCCGACGCAAACGGCCGCCGCCGGCAGCAUCCCGACGGCGGCGACCGAGCGGUGGUCCGCCCUCCCGGGAGAUCUCCUCAGCGUAAUCUACCUACGGCUUGUCGCCGGCCCGAUCGUCGACCGGCUAAGCUUCGCAGCCGUGUGCGGGUGGUGGCGCGCUGUCGCCUCGACGCACCCGCCGCGCCGUCUCCUCCCGUGGUUGGUCCUCGACCCGGGCGGCAGCGACAGGGCGAAGCACGCGUGCUGCCUCGAGGAUGGCGUCGUCCUGCCGCCGCGCCUCCGGUUCCCCGACGAGGCCGUCGGCAGGUGCAUCGUGGGCGGCCACGACGGCGGCUGGGUCGCCUUCCUGGGAGCCCCUCUGAGGAUCGUCAACCUCUUCUCCGGCGCCGAGGUGACGCUCUCCCCGAAACAGAGAAGGAUCGUCCGCUUGCGAAACCGAGGAGGAUCGUCCGUCGACGACCGGUUUGUUCCGCUCAAGGUGAUAUUCUCCUCGCCGCCCACCUCGAGCGGCUGUAUCCUCGCCGCCAUCACCGAGAGGGAUGAAGUCGCGGUCUGCGGGCUUGGCCGCCCCAGGUGUUCAUGGUUGCCACGGAGGCUUCCUGGUGGUCUGCGGUCCAUGGUAUUAUUCUACCACCAGAACGGGGGUGAUCCAGAUGAGCAAGCAGUGUAUGAGAAUGCAAGCUAAUAGUCAGCGCAAUGCAGAUGUCAGCUGAUCAGAACGGCUACCUGCAAAGAAACAACAUCUACUACUCCCACCACCGAUGCUACCCACAGAAAGAAUCAGUGCCCGGCGACGCCGAGGAGUUCUUUACGGCCUCAAAUAGCAAUGGUCGUCAUGUGUACUACAAGACACACUACAAGGAAGAUGAAAGCAACGUGGACGGGAUUACGACGGUGGGGCACUAUGUGAUGGGCGCUGAUAAAUAUCCUCCCGUGUGGCUUUUCCCUUCAGAUCUUUAGCCAAUUUUGUUUUGGUACCAGUACCACUACUCCUAUUUUCUCUUCAUAUGCUUUUUGUUUCUUCCCAAAACAAUUGGUGACUCGAGCACUCUAUCCCGCGAGGAGUAUGUUGCUGGCACCGGACAUCCAACGGUUUUAGAUUGCCACUUUAUGCAAUGCUUCAAACCCCUUCAUAUUAUCAUGUGCAAAAAGAAAAGGGCGAGAUUCAUGUUACUGACAUUGAGAAAUGUGAUAUAACUUUUGUUUUUAGAGAGAAUAUGUUGAUCAGUAGUUUCUUUAGA